AUGGCGCAAGGUGUGACCUUCAACCUUCAUGACAAUGAGAUGGACCUGGACUAUGAAAACCUUGGAGAGGAGGACCUGACCCAGGAACCACUCUGCCAACUUAUUAGGAUGUCCUCACUGAGCUCCAGUGACAGUCCUGAAAUCCUGGAAAUGGAGGUGCUUAGCGAAAGCAAAGAUAGCCAAGCUGACCAUCUUGGCCACAAUCGAGAAGGGACAAGUAAAAGAGAACGGGACAAUCCUCUGACCAGGAACUGCUGGUCAGCUGCUACCCUGAAGGUCAUAUCUUCCAUGCCCAGUCACACUACCGAACAGAACCAAAAUAUGCACAUUUCCCAGCGUGUUAGACGUUCAUCCCGGCGACGUAGACACCGGACGUCCUUCUGGGGCCCUCACUCUGCAGGGCCAAGUACCCAGUGUGACACUUACCAGGCAGCUUCUGUAGAAAUCAAUGACGACGAAAACGAUAACCAGCAGGUGUUGUUUGAGCUCCAGAGUCUCUCGGUGGGGGAACGUUGGCGCAUGCUGCGAGCUCUGCCCCUUAACCUGACAGAGAAGACUAAGCUCAGGAAACUUGCUUUCAGAGAAUUCGCAGAAAAUUCACUCACUAACCGAAAUGUGCCAUGCUGCCGUAACCCCAGGCAGGACCUUGCCAGGAUACAGCAUCGCUACUUGCUCAGCUGGUUCCCUUCCUUCAUGAGAUCCCUGCGGUUGUGGCAGUUUUCACUGAAGAUACUAAGCGGUCGUUUUGGGACCGGAGUGCUCUCCUAUUUCCUCUUCCUCAGGACCCUCUUGCUCUUCAACAUCCUCCUCUUCCUCUGCACUGGCCUGUUCCUCGUCAUCCCUCAAGCCAUUCACCCUCCUCAGUACAACAACUCCAGCGUCAACCCAUUCACUGGACUCGACCUCUUCACUGGCACAGGUAUCCUCUCUCAGAGUCUGAUGUUUUACGGAUACUACAGCAGUACCAUCAUUAAAAGCUGUGGAUCUGCCAAGUUGGCCCACGAUGUGUUUGGUCAAGUCAUCAACCAGUCCAUCUGCCAGACUGGGGAAGGAACCCUGUUGAUGUCGUACAACAUAUCCUUAGCCUACCUCUUCACCAUUGGCAUAGCCCUCUUCAUCACGGGCAUCAUCCUCGUCUACUGCAUGUCAACAUACUUGGGGAGACGUUUCCACAUGUACAAGUCCGAAGAAAACCUGGCUAUGAAAGUGUUCUGCUCCUGGGACUUUAAAGUCAGCAAGAUGACAUCUGUCCAGCUGCAGUCUGAGACUCUCAGCACCCAGCUCAAGGAGCUGGUGUCUGAGGCGAUCCGUGGUGAGGACAAAAAGACCCUCGUGCAGCGACUGUGCCGCGUCAUGGUGCACCUUCUGGCUUGGGCUAUAUGUGUGGCUGUCAUUUCCCUGGUCGCCCUGGCCAUCAAUCGCCUCUCAAAGCACUUGGACGUGGGCAGAAGGCUGAAUCAUGGCCAUGGGAGUGAUGUUGUGGGCGACCUGCACAGAGACGCUUAUCUUCUGGUCCUGCCCGCCAUCGUGUCGGGCAUCAACAUGUUGCUCCCGGGCCUCUUGAAUCUGGUGUCUCUGAUGGAGCGCUUCAACGCCACCAGCGUACGCAUCUAUGUCUCUGUCCUCAGAAACCUGCUGUUGAAGAUCAGUGUGGUUGGAGUGCUGUGUUACCAUUGGCUGGGGAGGAUUGCCGUAGAAUCGGAGGGUGAUCAUGUGAAGUGUUGGGAGAGCUAUGUGGGGCAAGAGCUGUAUCGCUUCCUCCUGAUGGACUUCAUCUUCACCGUGCUUUACAUGUUCUUCGGAGAGUUCUUGUGGAGGUUGUUCUCUAAGCGAGUGUUGAAGAGAAACAGGAGACCGGAGUUUGACAUCGCUCGCAACGUAUUGGAGCUAAUUUAUGGGCAAACCCUUACUUGGAUAGGUGUACUGUUUGCUCCUUUGCUUCCCGCGGUCCAGAUCGUGAAACUGAUUGUGUUGUUUUACAUGAAGAAGAGCAGCCUGAUGUUAAACUUCCAGGUAUCGAGAAAGCCCUGGAAAGCCACCCAGAUGACCACGCUCUUCAUCUCUCUCUUGUGCGUCCCUUCCUUCCUGGGUGCAGCCGUGUCUGUCGCAUACACCAUGUGGACGAUUACGCCGUCAUCCGAGUGUGGCCCUUUCAGGAACGUCACCAUGAUGAUCGAGGCAGGGAAACUGUGGGCCGAGGAGCUGAAGGGAGAUCAUCCUGUCCUGGCAGGGCUGGACUGGCUGUACACCUACUUGGUGGACAAGCCAUUAUUCUUGUUCCUGGCAGCUGGCGUCUUCCUAACGGUGAUUUACAUCUAUGCCCAAGUUGUUGACGGCCUGCAGAAGGCCAUCGGUUUGUUAGAAAAGCAAAUCGAAAAUGAGGGUAAGGACAAACAGUUUCUCAUCACCCAACUGCAGACCAUUUGUGAGGAGGACGAUCUGGUGGUCCCCCCUUCAAGACCACAGGCGCAGUAA